AUGUCAGUCCGUCAGAUACUGGCUUUUCUUAGCAGCUUGGCUGGUCUGGGUGCAACAAUUACUGCCACAGUGUCCAAUGAAUGGAGGGCCACGAGCCAGGCAUCCUCAGUCAUCACAGCCACCUGGGUGCUCCAGGGUCUGUGGAACAACUGUGCGGGAAAUGCAAUCGGAGCGCUUCACUGCAGACCUCAUCACACUAUACUUCAGCUGGAAGGCUACAUCCAAGCAUGCAAGGGGUUGAUGAUUGCAGCCAUCUGUCUUGGUUUUUUUGGUUCCAUAUUCGCCCUUGUCGGAAUGAAAUGCACCAAAAUCGGCGGAACAGAUAACAGCAAAGCCAGAGUUGCCUGCUUCGCUGGAGUGAAUUUUAUUCUUAGUGGCCUGUGCUCACUGUCAGCGUACUCCCUCUAUGCACACAGGAUUUCAUCAGAAUCUUUCGACCCGAUGUUUGUGGCUCAAAAGUAUGAGCUCGGAACUGCUCUGUUUAUCGGUUGGGGAGGUUCUGUCCUCUGUAUCCUCGGAGGCGUCAUACUUGAGCACAGCUCUGGUCUCCCUCCAGACUCUGCGGAUCCUGCGCAGGUUGUGCUGAACCGACGGUACAGCGAUCUCGACUUCCUGGACUGGGAAGAGAGAUGGUAA